GGUCAAACCAUCUAUUCAUUUGAGUACUCCAUUCGCCUGAUACCCGGCACUCCCUUCAAGCCUGGAGUGGUAACAUGUGACGGUCAGAAUUUUGUGGCCAUUGGAGCAGAUAAAGGUAGUAAAGAUGCGAUAUAUGUUUUCAAUGUUCGAAAUGGCAGUCUUAGCAGCAAAAUUCCCAUGAAGCAAGCAGUUCUUAAGGAUGUGAGCAGUUUGGUUGCGAUGCCGCACAGGGGGAACCUAGUGGCGCUCAUCGACCCCGACAAAGCCAGCAUCCUCGACACCAAGCACAAACGCAUAGUGCGACACGUUCCCAAGUGGGGAGGAAGUUGCACGAAUGAUGGUCGAUACGGUUUAUAUGCACCCUCAAGAGGCGGGCUGGAGUUAUUGGAAUUAAAACAUGGAAACAGUGUUAAGACAUACAUACCCAAAGUGGCGGAAGGUGUCUUCACAGUGAUAUGUAUGUUCAAUAAAACUGAUGAAUAUGUCAUGUACUAUCAUAGUGGCAAGAAAACACUUCGAGUCUUCCGCACAUCGGAUACUCAAAUGAUAGCAAAUUUCCGAGUGCAAGCAGAACUGAGUGCAAUUGAGAGUACUGAAGACGGGAAGGCCAUCGUACUGGGUACAGUGGAUGGCUGUCUGUCGGUGCUUGCAAUUGCCGAUCCUUCCAAAGCAGAGAUGAAAGACUUUUUGACUACCCUGCCAUCGCGAGAUGAAGAAUGGAAGAAAAAAAUAGAGAAACUCAAAGCUACGACACGUUUCAAGGCUGCUGCUUCAAUAGCAAAACUGUCAACACACUUCCUAAACAACGAGGACAGCAGUGAAGAUGAUGAAGCAAACAACAAUGAUUAACGUAUUUAGUACAUCCAGGACAGAAAACAUCUGGAAGCUUUUUUAUGCUGUUACCAGCUAUUUGUUUAGUUAUUGUGCUUAACACAAAGGCACAUGACCCUGAUGCAUAAAGCAAAAAACGCAUUUUGUCUGCAUUUUGCUUGUGCAUUUUGUUGUGUUUAGUUGUGCAAACAUUCCAUAUACAUUGUUCAUAAUCAUGUUCUGAAAAAAUGAAAUAAAAAGCUCUAAAUAAUGCAUUACCUUCCAUUAGUAAAAAAAGUCCACAGUCAUUUUAAUUAAUCGCCACAGUUUUAGUUCUAGCACUUCAUUGAAAGAAGUGAAAAAUUUAAGCGACACUCCAAUCCUAAUUUAUGUUUUCUGAUUCUAACAGUUUUCAAAAUUCUUAUUACGGUACAGGUUUCUUUUUUAGAAAUUGUAUUAUUCAAGAUAUGGCACACCAAACCCCGACUUCCGAGAAUAAAGUGUUUUUUGGGGAGUUUCAUGUGGUUCCGAUGUGCAGUUUACGUCCAGAUGAAACCAAGCUUCAUCACUAAAAACAAG